GUGCGACCUGGGCCAUCUACAAGACGAAGAGCGACAAGCCUUGCAGCCUUUGUCGCCGUCAUCGGUCCCCGACGAUCUGAGGUGCGACACAAAACCUGGGGAGAGGGGGCGAGAUCCGAAGAGGAGAAGAGAAAGAGACAUACAGAGGGAAAAGGGGCUUCCGAGCAAAGCAGUCGAAUGGGAUCGUCUUCUUAUUCCUUUCAUUACGACCAGCGACUUCUUCGGCUUCCCAGCGGCCUGCCUACCCCACCUUGUGGAAUCCUUCUAUUCGCAGAAAGAGUGUUAGAGUGGAGAAGAGAGAGGCGCCUGGUUGCGGGGCAGGGCCACGGUCCGUGUGGCCAACGUGCUCCGGGCACGAAGUAGUGGAGUGACGACUUCUGGCCCGCUGCCAUGCACCGAUUCCGAGCGAGUCCGCUGACGACGAUGCAGCGAAGCGUUCUCUACUCGACCUUUCUCCUGUCAGCGCCGAGCUCGACGGCGAGACGAGCUCUCGGGUCGUCCGCAGGGGCGGGCUUGCAGCAGCGCGAGAGGACCAGACGGCGAAUGAUCGAAGCUGCCCAGCUUUCAGGACACGGAGGACAAAUAGCGCGGGCAUCGACGAGCUCAGAGGCGGAACCAUUAGGUGCUGUUGCUGGUGCUGGUGCGACUUCGGCUGCUGUAGCGUCCACGGAGGCUGAAGGCUCGUCUCGAUCGCUUUCACUGGAGCAAAGACCUGCGGCAAAUGGGCAGGGCAAGGGCAAGACGAGGGCAAAUGGCCCAAGAGGGAGAACGGCCCCACUAGAUCGCCGGAAGUUGACACUGAAUAGCAGCAAAGAACCAUCUCCAGCUCCGCAAACGGAAGGGCAAGAUCAGGCCCCAACAGCAGCGAUAGUAGAAGAGCAGACCUUAGACCGAGAGGAGUCUCCUUCCUCGACAAGGGCUCUGGACGAAGAAGCAUCGAUCGAGACGAAAGACGCAGGUGUGCAACAAGAGCCAGAAAGUCCUGGGGCUGAGCUGCUCGGGAAGCUCCGCGAUGCACUUCGGUGGCAAAUGAGGAGCACCGGCGCAGGUAGCGAUGUACAGAAAAGGGCGAAGUUUCGUGCGACGGCAGCCCGCGAAUCGGUUUCGGACGUCUAUCGUUACUGGAAACUCAAGAGUGCCGACGACGUUUUCGAUACCAACCUGCACCUUAAGGUGGCCACUUGUCUCAGUCUCCUUUGCUUUCGAGGCUCCAAGCUGCCGGUGGAGACGGACGACGCAGACCUCCUGAGGAAGGAGGCCGGGGCGCACAUCUUUGAGAUUCUCAACGUGGCCAAAGAGUCGGGAUUGGAGGGCAAAGACUUGCUCUUCAGGUGGCAAAACCUCGAGAUACAAGCACUCGAAUCGACGGGAGAUGCUGAACUGGCUAGAAGCCGGCUCAUUUCGAUACUCGAACAGCCUGAGCGGCGAUUGCCGCUUCUCGCCAGCGCCAUGAGUAGCAACGAGCAUAGACCGCGCCAAGUAUCUGUCAGGGCUCGUGCCUACGCAGACGAAAGAAGGGCAGGACUCGAGCCUUUGAGUGUCACUCUCGCUUCUAUCUUGCAAGGUAUGCAUGUGCAUGCCAGGCAAGGUGCCAAAGACCCUCAAGAAGUCGAGCAGAGAAUUCGCCAGAGCCUCGAGUGGCUUUUCGACCACGUAGAGACGCUCGGCCUUAUUCGUUACGGCUUCGACAAGGCCUCUGUCUCCUUCAAGCACCUCGUCUCGCUCAUUCAUGAGCCACUGGACAUGUGCAAAUCGAUUCUGUCGGCGCGAAGCACAGAGGGUCCAGAGUGGAAAGCAACAAAGGCCGCUCCAGCCUUUUCCGCCAUAGCCCGAACCCUUGUCACCAUGAAUGCGCAUAUGGACGCUUGCGACGUCUACCGCUGGUGCACUUCACAGGGUAUCAGGCUUCCUGAGACAGUAGGCAGGCGCAUCGUUCGUGUCCUGUCGCUCAAGAAGGAAUACGUGCUCGCCGAACGCAUUGCCAGCGAACUCCACAAGCAGGCACCCACGUCGCCGCAGGGCAGGGUCCUCGAGAGGAGCACUCUCAAGGUGCUCAUCAAGCUUUACGCACAGCAGGGCCAUGAAAGUAAGAUGGAAGAAGAAAUCAGGCGAUUCGUGGACAAUCUCUACGCCCCUGCGCAGGAAUACUUCAUGGGCAAAGACGCAAUGCCGCGGGGCAGCCAUGAUCAGUUCUUUCGUAAGAAUCGACUGAUGUGCUGGGCCAUACGAGGCGACGUGGAGAAGUGCAAGGACAUGCUUCUGAGGCAUUACGAUGUAAGGAGAUUCCUCAAGGUCAGCGCCAGCCAGUAUCAUCGCGUGAAACGAGUCGGGCUGCAGGAAGUCGAUUCCUCCAUCUUGCGUCGACUGUUGCAAGCUUACAUCAACCGAGGCCUUCUCGCUGAUGCAGAGGAGCUCUGGGAUCGCAUGUCGAGCUGUCCUCCUCAUCUCCGCCAUCUUCGGCCAGACUCAAACAUGUUCAACAGCCUCUUGGCCGCAUACGUGCUUCGCAACGACUUGGGUGCUGCCGCCUCGCUUUGGGAACAGAUGCGAGAAAGGCCCAAUUUCCGACCUACUCGGGCCUCCUUCACAACAAUGAUGAACCUCUGCGCCGAGCGGCAGGACGUUGAGGGAGCAAAGAAGAUGCUGGAAACUAUGAUCCACGAGUAUGGCCACGAGCCAGACCGAGAGGCUCUCACGGCCUUGAUGGAUGCACACGUCGAAGCGGGCUCCUGGCAAGGUGCUUUGGACGUUUUCGAGUGGAUGCAGACGCAGUCGUCGCUCGGCCUGCGCCCUUCGACCGGGGCAUACAAUACACUCAUCAAGAUUGACGUCCUACGCGGAGCACCAGCACGCUCCGUCAUGGCUGUCCUCUCCCAUAUGUUGUCCGCUGGCAUCGUGCCGGAUGAGAGGACUUAUGCACUGGUGAUGCAAGCGGCCUGCGACUCUGGUCUCAUGGAUCAAGCAGAGGACAUCUUUGAAAUGGCUGAUCGCUCUCUGCUGUCGCAGACCGGCGUCUUCGGCGAAGGCUGCAACGCAUAUCAUUUCACCAUCAUCAUCCAUGCCUACCAUCGGCUUGGUUUGCCUCAGGAGGCAAAGGAGUAUCUGGACGAGAUGCAGAGGCGUGGUGUCGAACCUACCGCGAUUACAUGGUCAAGCUUCGUCAAGAUGUACGCCGAGCGAGCAAGUGACGAUCCUUCGUCGUGGCAGUCGGCCCUCGAUUUCGUCCGUCAGCUUGCCAGCAAUUUCCAACCACUGUCCCCAUCAUCAGACGUGGGAGGUGAUGCUGCAACGGAAGGCGGAACGCCUAUUGCUCGUCGAUUUGCGCCGAAGCAAGGUGAUCAGCUCCUCGAUCUUUACGAUCCCCUCAUCCACUCAGCCGCGAAGCAGGGAGAACCUCGCAAAGUAGAGACACUCAUUCGAGAAUUAGUGGAUCAAGGCACAAGUAUUCCGCUUCGAGUUUGGACGUCGCUUCUCGAUGCCUUCCGACGCAGGUCAGACACAACUGGCUGCCUUCAAGUUUGGUCGACUCUGCUCGAGCAAGCCAGAGAAGAGAAUGAUGCCGCCGCCUCGAUGCUCAAGAGAGGGCGAGGACGAGGAUCCUGGCGCGCACAAAAUCUCGUUUGCGUUCCUCUUUCCAUCCUAAUCGAUGCCUUGACAACUGCGGGCAAGUACGAAGCUGUGGUGGAGGCUUGGACAGAUGUCAAGGCGGCCGGAUUCACCUUUGACGCUCACAAUUGGAACCAUCUCUGCGUUGCGCUUGUCCGCGGAGGUUGGAUUGGUCAAGCACUCGACAUCGUUGAGGAGGUCCUUUACGACCCACCACCAAUAUCUUCCAACAACGUCACCUCUUCAUCGACGUUGAGUCUUGAGGAAGAGGAGAAAGAGGAAAAGCCAGUGGCGGCUCGGUCGACCGACUGGGUCCAGAAGCUCGUCUAUGGUGACGGACAAGGGACGCAAGGGGUCCUGCAGGACGACAGCUCCGAGAAGGAGGACGAGGAAGAGGAAAGGGAGGGAAUAGACCGCGAAUUCGAGCAUCUAAAUGACUCUGAGGACGAAUUGGGGCGUCAGGAAAACGAAGGAGAGAGGCCAGCACAGAGUGACGAAGAGAGCGGAUCAGCUUCUGACAGAGGAAUGACAGAGUGGGAGAUUGACCGGGAAGAUCCAAGAGGGUGGGACGCACGGCGGAUCAGACGUCAACGCCAAACACGGAUCCGACAUGAUUUUUCGUUCUCCAUCGACCCGUCCAUUGUGGAGGACUCUGCCCGUAUAAAGUCCGAUCCCUGGGAAGAAGGAGAGUCAAGCUCUUCUCGCCGUAGUGGCAGCGCGCUGAAUCGCUUCGCCUAUGACCUCUCAUCUUCUAUCACGCCAUCCUCGCCCUGGUUCGCUCAUUACAACACACUCUUGACGCUCUAUGACUCUGUCAACCAGCGUCUUGCUGCCUCACGCCGGCAGAAUGCUGCUCUCUACCCGCCCAACCUGGAUCUAGCCUCGGACAUCGGCGGACAAUCGCAUGAGGAGUCCAUAGGCGCCGCGAUGGUGGAGCAACUGCGCAGACAUCCAAAGGCCAGGUCCCUUCUGGCAGAUUUCUCGAAGCGGCUCGAGGCUAUCCGCGAAAAGGAACGACUCGAAUCUCAGAACUACUCUUGAACCCUGAGGUCAGCGUAGUCCUCGCGCUUCUCACCAAGUAUCACUGCUCAACAAUUUACAUCACUCUGAGGCCCUCACACAAUUCUGUGAUAGACAUUUGUACUGUACAACAACAUGGGCUGGCUCGUCAAUUGCAACGGAGGCACUAGCCUGCUUGUGGAACUG